CGUGAGCUCAGGCUGAUGACAUUGCGGAAGUGUCAUGGUGCCGUGCGGCAUGCAUUGUCAGAAGCAGCACUAGCUCAAAACAACUUGUAAUGACUCUUCUCUUACAACUUUGGACUGAAUAUCUAAUUAGGACAUCCGAGGAUUCAUAAGGAUGGCAGAUUCAGGCUCAGGUGACCCCAGCGGUCAACGGGUGCCAACCCCUGGAGGGAGCGGUAUAGGACUGCUUAUGGGCCGCAGACCACCUGCCGCCAUCUCUACUGGUCGUCUCCCCUCAAUGCGAUCAAGAGACCUCACCCUGGGAGGAGUGAAGAAGAAAACCUUCACACCCAACAUUAUUGGUCGGAAAGCCAGAGAUGAGACAAAAGCUGAGGAUGGGCAGAGGAGGGACAGGAAGGAUGUAGGUCGAGGUCGCGGCCCGAGAGAUAGAGGCAGGGGCCGAGGUCGCCAAGAGACCAUCCAGUCCCACUCUAUCUUUGAGCAGGGGCCUGCAGAGAUGAUGAUGAAAAAGAGAGGAAGCUAUGAAAGUGAGAAAGAAGCUCCGAGUGUGGGACCUUCACCCAUCAUCAAUAUUAAAAAGGAGAAGAGAGAGACGGAGGAAGAGACCAAAGAGAUUCUUGCCAAGCUGGAGCGAGAUAACUUUAUAGACGAUCCCUUCCUGAGGAGUGAGCGGAGGAGCUGCCCCGUCCAGCUUCCCCUCGCUGUAUCAGGAUGGGGAUUCACAGAAGAAUUUUCUAACGCUGCUGUUAAAGUCGAGAAGAUGGACGAGGACAGUGAACCCAUGGAAAACGCAGUUGAAGUGAAACAGGAGCCAGAGGAAACCGAAAUAAAGAAGUCAGAGGGAGCUUUCAGGCCCCCUCCUCUCCCUGAGCCUGAAGUGCUUCCUGACCUGCUGCAUAGAUGGAGCCUGAGCAAAGGGGAUGAGCUGUUCUUCAUGCAGAUGCCUGACACGCUGCCCGGCCAGCCUCCAACCAAAGAGCUCAGGCCCACGAAAACUGAGGUGCAGUCAGAGGACGGACAGUCCGUGCUCCUGAAAACAGAGUCGCAGGAGGAGGAAGAUGAAGACAACAUGUGCAAUCUGAAAGACCUGCGGGAGGGUCUCAUAGGAAAGAUGCUGGUGCGGAAGUCUGGCCGGGUCCAGCUCAUACUGGGACAUGUGACACUCGAUGUGUCUCUAGGAGCAUCAUGCUCUUUCCUUCAGGAGCUGGUCUCUAUUGGUGCGGAGGGAAGAACAGGCGACUUGAGUGUAUUAGGGAAUGUCAAACACAAAAUGGUUUGUUCCCCAGACUUUGAGGCUCUACUGGAGAGCAACGCUUGAUGCUCGUCAGAGCAGCGGUGGUCUGAGCCUCCUGGGUGCACAUGUGAUGGUUGUGAUGUUGACAAGAUGUUCACUUUAGCUAUGGACUGUCCCUUUGGAACCUGACAUAAAAUAAAACUAUGGUGGCCGUCGAUUGUGCUUCUGUGCUUUCAGAAAGGCAUUAAUAACAUAUUAAAAUCCACUACCUAUAGAUAUGAAACAUAACAGAGGUUUUAGUUUUGUCUUGUGUAACAGGCAUAUUAAUUCAGGGUUCAAAGGUUGAAUGGCGUGCCAAAUAUUAGUACUGUUUUCAUUUCUCUAUAUCUGAGAUUACUUGACAAGGCUGUAAAUGGAUGUACAUGUGUGAAUAAAGAAAAGUUUUGUUAUUCCAAUA